CAAACCUCCUUCUAACAACUCCAUUCUAGCAUUUACCCAGGAUGGAGGAAGAGGAGUUGGAAGUGGUGGAAGAACUGGAGGCUGUGUUACACCUGGCGCCUGAGGUGCAGCAAGCCAUAGAGCAGGUGUUCCCAAGCCAGGACCCGUUGGAUCGGGCAGAUUUCAAUGCCGUAGAAUAUAUUAACACUCUGUUUCCAACUGAACAGUCCUUAUCAAACAUUGAUGAUGUUGUGAACAAAAUUCGCCUGAAAAUAAGACGUCUGGAUGACAGUAUAAGAACUGUAGUACGAGGUCAAACAAACGUUGGCCAGGAUGGGAGACAGGCUUUGGAAGAGGCUCAGAAAGCUAUACAGCAACUGUUUGGCAAGAUCAAAGACAUCAAGGACAAAGCUGAAAAAUCGGAGCAAAUGGUGAAAGAAAUCACACGGGAUAUUAAGCAGUUGGAUCAUGCCAAGCGCCAUUUGACCACCUCAAUUACAACGUUGAACCAUCUACACAUGCUGGCUGGAGGAGUUGACUCACUGGAAGCUAUGACUAGAAAAAGGCAGUAUGGCGAGGUUGCCAACCUUCUCCAAGGAGUGGUAAAUGUGCUGGAGCAUUUUCAAAAGUACAUGGGCAUACCACAGAUUCGACAACUCUCAGAAAGGGUUAAAGCUGCACAGACUGAACUGGGGCAACAGAUACUAGCGGAUUUUGAGGAAGCAUUUCCAUCACAGGGCACUAAGAGAUCAGGGGGACCCAGUAACGUUCUACGUGAUGCCUGCUUGGUAGCCAAUGUUUUGGAUGUACGGAUUAAACAAGAGAUCAUCAAGAAAUUUAUCAGGCAGCAUCUGUCUGAAUACUCUGUCCUCUUCCAAGAAAAUCAAGAUGUCGCGUGGCUUGAUAAAAUUGAUAGACGCUACGCUUGGAUCAAACGUCAGCUGGUGGACUAUGAAGAAAAGUAUAGUCGCAUGUUCCCUGCAGACUGGUGCAUGACUGAACGCAUUGCUGUGGAGUUUUGUCAUAUAACCAGAAAUGACCUUUCAAAAAUCAUGAGAACGAGAGCUAAAGAGAUUGAGGUGAAGUUGCUGCUUUUUGCUAUCCAGAGAACCACUAAUUUUGAGGGACUUUUAGCAAAGCGUUUCUCUGGCUGCACCUUGACAGACACCGUUGUGAAAAAGCCUGAAGUGCAGCCUCCUGUUUCUACUAACCCCUUUCUAGAUGAUGAUAACAUAGCAGAGGAAUCUGCUCUGGAGAGAGAUGGCGACCUGGACAAACCAAAGAAGCCUAAAGCACCAGAAAAUCCAUUCCACGGCAUCAUUUCCAAAUGUUUCGAGCCCCACCUGUAUGUCUAUAUAGAGUCCCAAGACAAGAACCUAGGUGAAUUAAUUGAUCGAUUUGUCGGAGAUUUUAAGGCUCAGGGUCCACCAAAAUCGACUUCUGAAGAUGCAGGGGCUGUUCUCCCGAGCUGUGCUGACCUGUUUGUCUACUAUAAAAAGUGCAUGGUGCAGUGCUCCCAGCUAAGCACUGGGGAGCCAAUGAUUGCUCUCACCACUAUAUUCCAGAAGUACCUGCGAGAAUACGCAUGGAAGAUCCUGUCGGGUAACCUGCCCAAAACCAGCAGCAUGAGUACUGGACUCACGAUCAGUAGUCUUCUCAAGGAAAAAGAAGGCUCUGAAGUCUCCAAGUUCACCACAGAAGAACUUUGCUUAAUCUGCAGUAUUCUGAGUACAGCGGAGUACUGUCUGGCUACCACACAACAGCUUGAAGAGAAGCUGAAAGAAAAAGUAGAUGUGACACUCACAGAAAGGAUAAAUCUAACCGGAGAGAUGGAUACUUUCAGCACAGUAAUAUCGAACAGCAUUCAGCUUCUUGUACAAGAUCUAGACUCCGCUUGUGAUCCAGCGCUGACUGCUAUGAGCAAGAUGCAGUGGCAGAAUGUGGAACAUGUUGGUGAUCAAAGUCCCUAUGUUACUUCAAUUAUUCUACAUGUGAAGCAGAAUGUCCCUAUUAUUCGAGAUAACUUGGCGUCUACCCGAAAGUAUUUCACUCAGUUCUGCAUAAAGUUUGCAAACUCCUUCAUUCCAAAGUUUAUCAACCACCUUUUUAAAUGCAAGCCUAUUAGUAUGGUUGGAGCUGAACAGCUUCUUCUUGAUACUCACUCUCUGAAAACCGUCCUCCUCGACCUACCAUCCAUCGGAUCUCAAGUAGUACGGAAAGCUCCAGCAAGUUAUACAAAAAUUGUGGUGAAAGGCAUGACUCGGGCCGAGAUGAUCCUGAAGGUGGUGAUGGCUCCUCAUGAGAACUCUGUUGUUUUUGUGGAUAAUUACAUUAAACUGCUUGCUGAUUGCAACACUGAGACUUUUCAGAAGAUAUUGGAGAUGAAGGGACUGAAGAGGAGUGAGCAGAGCAGCAUGCUUGACCUGUUUCGACAGAGGCUUCCAAAUCCUCCAUCCGGCGCUGAAAACAGCUCUGUGACUCUGCAAACUCCGACCCCCGAGCAGGAGUCCUCAAGGAUACGAAAACUGGAAAAACUCAUCAAGAAACGACUGUAAAGCUGCUAGGGAGAUUUCUGGACUUAACAGUGGCAUGUUAGCGGUGUUAACAAGCAGAUCCAGUCUAGCACUUGAACAGCCACCCUAUUAUACGGUCACAUCCCCUUUAAUGAAUAAUGUUAUAUGUCAGCUGCGCAGGGUUGAGACAGCGAGAACACACGGACUGAAUGCUAGGAGUUUUUCUGUCUAGACAGAACAUAUCUAGAUGAGCCAGUCCUUCAAGCAUGUUAAAACGCAUUUAGGGAGUAUGUGGUCACACCGAGUUAUUCCCCCUGAUUUUUCUAUUUGGCUUUGCCUGGGGCUUGUGUGGCAGAACAUAUCAUUGAGUCCAGUCUAUUUAAGGAGGCACUUCUGUUCCUGCUGCGUUAACCACUGAAACACAUAACAGACAUAACAGGCUCUCUUGAGAAGUGUAGGAAUGACUGUUAAAGUGAUACUGCUCUGUUUCCUAUUCCCAGAGAUUGCCAAAUAGGUUUCCACAGCCACUGAUAAUUCUACCAAGUAAAUAUAGGAUGUAAAAGUGCUGCAUAUAGAUGGUAUGUCAGCAGAUUUGUACCAAUGAAAUUGGAUUACCUGUUCCAUGUCCACUUGGCAGCUGAAGACAUCUGUGUCGGUCCCAUGUUCAUAUGUGUUCACAUCGCUGAGAAAAAUGAUGUUCUAAU